GCUGGGUUUGAGAAGUCGAAGGAGCCAGGAGAAAUACAGUAUCUUAUUAAAUGGAAAGGUUGGUCACACAUCCAUAACACUUGGGAAACUGAAGAAACACUGAAACAACAAAAUGUUAAAGGAAUGAAGAAGCUGGACAACUAUAAGAAGAAGGAUCAGGAAACAAAACGAUGGCUGAAAAAUGCUUCUCCAGAAGAUGUGGAAUAUUACAACUGCCAGCAGGAGCUUACAGAUGAUCUACAUAAACAAUAUCAGAUAGUGGAAAGAAUAAUUGCUCAUUCAAAUCAGAAAUCAGCAGCUGGUUAUCCAGACUACUAUUGCAAAUGGCAGGGUCUGCCUUAUUCAGAAUGUAGCUGGGAAGAUGGUGCUCUCAUUGCCAAGAAGUUUCAGGCACGCAUUGAUGAGUACUUCAGCAGAAAUCAAUCCAAGACCACUCCCUUUAAGGAUUGCAAGGUUCUAAAACAGAGGCCAAGGUUUGUUGCGCUAAAGAAGCAACCAUCUUACAUUGGAGGACAUGAAAGUUUAGAGUUAAGAGAUUAUCAGUUAAAUGGAUUGAAUUGGCUUGCUCACUCAUGGUGCAAAGGGAAUAGCUGUAUUCUUGCAGAUGAAAUGGGUCUGGGUAAAACAAUACAAACAAUUUCUUUUCUGAACUACCUGUUCCAUGAACAUCAAUUGUAUGGGCCUUUCUUGCUGGUUGUGCCACUUUCUACCUUGACAUCUUGGCAAAGAGAGAUUCAAACUUGGGCUCCUCAGAUGAAUGCUGUAGUUUACUUAGGAGAUAUAACUAGCAGAAAUAUGAUUAGAACUCAUGAAUGGAUGCAUCCACAGACUAAACGAUUAAAAUUUAACAUACUUCUAACAACAUACGAAAUUUUGCUGAAGGAUAAGUCAUUCCUUGGUGGUCUGAAUUGGGCGUUCAUAGGAGUUGACGAAGCUCAUCGCUUAAAAAACGACGACUCUCUUCUGUACAAGACUUUAAUAGACUUUAAGUCUAACCAUCGUCUUCUUAUUACUGGAACACCUCUGCAAAACUCCCUCAAAGAGCUUUGGUCUUUGUUGCACUUCAUCAUGCCAGAAAAGUUUUCCUCCUGGGAAGAUUUUGAAGAGGAGCACGGCAAAGGGAGAGAGUAUGGUUAUGCAAGUCUUCACAAAGAACUUGAACCAUUUCUGCUGAGAAGAGUUAAAAAAGAUGUAGAAAAGUCUUUACCUGCUAAAGUUGAGCAAAUUCUGAGGAUGGAAAUGAGUGCAUUGCAAAAACAAUAUUACAAGUGGAUUUUAACCAGGAAUUAUAAAGCCCUCAGUAAAGGUUCAAAAGGCAGUACGUCAGGCUUUUUGAACAUCAUGAUGGAACUCAAGAAGUGUUGUAACCAUUGCUACCUCAUUAGACCACCAGAUGAUAAUGAAUUCUAUAAUAAACAGGAGGCCUUACAGCAUUUAAUACGUAGCAGCGGGAAACUAAUCCUUCUUGACAAGCUACUGAUUCGUCUGCGAGAACGUGGCAACAGAGUUCUGAUUUUCUCACAGAUGGUGAGGAUGCUGGACAUCCUAGCAGAAUAUCUGAAGUAUCGUCAGUUUCCCUUUCAGAGACUUGAUGGAUCAAUAAAAGGGGAAUUGAGGAAACAAGCACUGGAUCAUUUUAAUGCAGAAGGAUCAGAGGACUUCUGCUUCUUACUGUCUACUAGAGCUGGAGGAUUAGGUAUCAACUUGGCUUCUGCUGACACUGUAGUAAUAUUUGAUUCUGACUGGAAUCCACAGAAUGAUCUCCAAGCACAGGCUAGAGCGCAUAGGAUUGGACAGAAGAAACAGGUUAAUAUUUAUCGGCUAGUCACAAAAGGAUCAGUAGAAGAAGAUAUUCUUGAAAGAGCCAAGAAAAAGAUGGUGUUAGAUCAUUUAGUAAUUCAGAGAAUGGACACUACAGGGAAAACCGUACUACAUACAGGCUCUACUCCUUCAAGCUCAACACCUUUUAAUAAGGAGGAGUUAUCAGCAAUUUUAAAGUUUGGUGCUGAGGAACUUUUUAAAGAACCUGAAGGGGAAGAACAGGAGCCCCAGGAAAUGGAUAUAGAUGAAAUCUUGAAGAGGGCUGAAACUCGGGAAAAUGAGCCAGGUCCCUUAACUGUAGGAGAUGAAUUGCUUUCACAGUUCAAGGUGGCCAACUUUUCCAAUAUGGAUGAAGAUGAUAUUGAGUUGGAACCAGAAAGAAACUCAAGAAAUUGGGAAGAAAUCAUUCCAGAAGUCCAGCGGCGAAGAAUAGAAGAGGAGGAAAGACAAAAAGAGCUUGAAGAAAUAUACAUGCUCCCAAGGAUGAGAAACUGUGCAAAACAGAUCAGCUUUAAUGGAAGUGAAGGGAGGCGCAGUAGGAGCAGAAGAUACUCUGGAUCUGAUAGUGACUCCAUCUCAGAAAGAAAACGGCCAAAAAAACGUGGAAGACCACGAACCAUUCCUCGAGAAAAUAUUAAAGGAUUUAGUGAUGCAGAGAUCAGGCGGUUUAUCAAGAGUUACAAGAAAUUUGGUGGCCCUCUUGAAAGGUUAGAUGCUGUAGCUAGAGAUGCUGAAUUAGUUGAUAAAUCAGAGACAGAUCUUAGACGUUUGGGAGAGCUUGUACAUAAUGGAUGCAUUAAAGCUUUAAAGGACAAUUCAUCUGGACAAGAAAGAGCAGGUAGACUUGGGAAAGUUAAAGGUCCAACAUUCCGCAUCUCAGGAGUGCAGGUGAAUGCAAAGCUAGUCAUCUCUCAUGAAGAAGAGUUGGCACCAUUGCACAAAUCCAUUCCUUCAGAUCCAGAAGAAAGAAAAAGAUAUGUCAUCCCAUGCCACACCAAGGCUGCUCAUUUUGAUAUAGAUUGGGGUAAGGAAGAUGAUUCCAAUCUGUUAAUAGGCAUCUAUGAAUAUGGUUAUGGCAGCUGGGAAAUGAUAAAAAUGGAUCCUGAUCUUAGUUUGACACAGAAGAUUUUGCCUGAUGAUCCAGAUAAGAAACCCCAGGCGAAGCAGUUACAGACCCGUGCAGACUACCUCAUUAAAUUACUGAAUAAAGACCUUGCAAGGAAGGAAGCACAAAGGCUUGCUGGUGCAGGCAAUUCAAAGAGGAGGAAAACAAGAACUAAGAAGAAUAAGGUGAUAAAGGCUGCAAAAAUGAAAGAAGAAAUAAAAAGUGAUUCUUCACCACAACCCUCAGAAAAAUCUGAUGAAGAUGAUGAUGAGGAUAACAAGGAUGAGAUUGUUUCAGUGAAACAUCCACAUAAAAAAAUUAAAGCAGAAAAAGAAAAUGAAGAAAAGCCUGAGCCAGAUAUUGGUAUAAAGAAGGAAGCUGAAGAAAAAAGAGAGACAAAAGAAAAGGAAAAUAAGAGGGAUUUGAAAAGGGAGAAAAAAGAAAAAGAGGAUAAGAAAGAAUUAAAGGAAAAAGAUAUUAAAGAAAAGAGAGAAAACAAAGUAAAAGAAUCUACACAGAAAGAAAAAGAAGUGAAGGAAGAGAAGGUGAAUGAAAUCAAAUCUGAAAAUAAAGAAAAAACUAAAAAAAUUUCAUUGUUGGAUACUCCAGUUCAUAUUACUGCAACUAGUGAACCAGUUCCUAUAUCUGAGGAAUCUGAAGAACUGGAUCAGAAAACUUUUAGCGUGUGCAAAGAAAGAAUGAGGCCUGUCAAAGCAGCAUUGAAACAGCUGGACCGACCAGAGAAGGGCCUUUCUGAAAGAGAGCAGCUGGAACAUACUAGACAGUGUCUAAUCAAAAUUGGGGAUCACAUUACUGAAUGUCUAAAGGAGUACACAAAUCCUGAACAAAUUAAACAGUGGAGAAAGAAUUUGUGGAUUUUUGUCUCUAAGUUUACAGAAUUUGAUGCCAGAAAGUUGCACAAACUGUAUAAACAUGCAAUCAAAAAACGCCAAGAGUCUCAGCAACACAAUGACCAGAAUAUUAGCAGCAAUGUGAAUACACAUGUAAUUAGAAAUCCAGAUGUGGAAAGACUAAAGGAGAAUACAAACCAUGAUGACAGUAGCAGGGACAGUUACUCUUCUGAUAGACAUGCUUCACAAUACCACGAUCAUCAUAAAGACAGGCAUCAGGGAGAUGCUUACAAGAAAAAUGAGUCUAGAAAAAGGCCAUAUUCAGCCUUCAGCAAUGGAAAAGAUCACAGAGACUGGGAUCACUACAAACAAGACAGCAGAUACUACAGCGAUAGUAAACAUAGAAAGUUAGAUGACUACAGGAGCAGAGACCAUAGGUCAAACCUGGAAGGAAGUUUAAAAGACAGCCGGGCUCAUUCAGAUCACCGUUCCCAUUCAGACCAUAGGAUACAUUCAGAUCACCGUUCCACCUCAGAGUACAGCCAUCAUAAAUCUUCUAGAGAUUAUAGGUACCACUCAGACUGGCAAAUGGACCACAGAGCUUCGGGUAGUGGCCCAAGGUCACCAUUAGAUCAGAGGUCUCCUUAUGGUUCAAGAUCUCCCCUAGGACACAGAUCUCCAUUUGAACACUCAUCAGAUCACAAAAGUACACCUGAACAUACAUGGAGUAGCCGGAAAACAUAACGAAGACUGACAUUUUCUGGACCUUCUUUUAGCCAUAUACAGUAAACUAACACAGUAAUUGCCUUACAUGACUUGAAAGAUACGGACUGGAUAUUCUAUCAGUAGCGGUAUUGUUACUUCUUUCCAGGAUGCAAGGUCUAUUAUCCCAACAGAAGAAAAAUAUUUUUGUAUUUAAAGUUUAUGCUGCACUGUGCUGCAAAUGUUGUGGCACUCUUUUUUUAAGAAAUGGAAGAUGUUUACUUUUACAGGGACCUCAACACUGCCCCUUUCAGACUGGAUCUUACUAUAAAAUGCUUCAUGUCAAAGUGGUUUUAGGCUGAACACACUUUAAAUUAUGUUUGUAAAUGAACUUUUAAACACUGACCUGUGCUCAUAUUUCAGGAAGGAAUGAGGAGUUUAUUUUCUUUUGUUUCUUAGUAAAGAAUUCUCAAGGACUUUGUUCACUUUCCAAAGCUACUUGUUUACAUUGUACACUGCGACCACCUUGCCGCUUUUCAUCACAAGCUUGAAUAUUUAAAUUCUGUACCUAUAACUGUAAAAUAGCCAGGAUUUCUCCUGUUUGUGAUCAGUUAUAAUGCCUUUUUACAAAACAAACAAACAAAAAAUAAAAAACAAAACACAGAAACAAAUGGCUGUAAAUUAUUGUAAAUUAAUUAAAUGAGCUUU